AAAUAUUUUGAUCACUCCUAUUGAUUAUCCUGGACAAAAGAAUGUUCGUCAUGCAAUUAUAGAUCGUAUAAUUAAUGGAGACCAGUCUAGUGUACCAUCACAAAUCCUUAAUAUUGUACCUCUUAUUG